AUGGAGGGAGGGAUACAUCAAACCACCUCAUCUGCUUCGUCUCUAUUCAGUCCGAUCAUCAGCCUGUAUUUUGGCCAUAGAUGGCGCUCUUUUUCAUCUUGUUUGGCAAACGCCCGUGAAAACUUGUGCCCAUCAUCUUAGAAAAAAGUGGCUCUCAAAUGCCUUAUAAUCUUCUGCCAUCUCCUUUAUCCAUCUCUGCUUUAGUGUGACACACUGUGCACUUGAUUAUUCUCUCUUUCUCUCCCUCUCUCUCUCUCUCUCACACACACACACACAGAGACAGGCUUGUAUGAGAGCUGUUUGUUCAUGGGAGAAGAGAAUGAAUUCACAGAGACCUGAAGUGACAACAAAAACAACUUUUGACCAUGCAUGGUCAUGGUGAAAGAAGAAUUGUGACAAAAGACAGAAUUGUGCUUUUGGGUUUCCUGGUUUUUAUCUCUAUUUAAUUAUUCUUUGUCUUCUUUUUUUAACCUUGUGUGAACAGCUGUGGGACUGUUUCUUUUGAUAAAGUUGAUAACCUUUGAAGAUUGCGUUGCUAAGCCUUGAUUCUAUCAUUAAUUGACAUGAAGGAGAAAUGGGCAGCAUAUACCUAAAGCAUCCAUGGCUUGGGAGAAAGAGAUUCUUGGUCAUUAGGUGCCUAAGUUAGUAACUUUUGGUUAUAAAUCAGUGCAGUUAUAAAGGAAGUUGAACAGAAAAACCCUAAUCAGAAAAUUUGUAUGCAAUCUGAUGCAUAUGAUUGUGUUGAUCCCGAUAGCUUCAGUACAAGCAGCUCUUGGAAUCAAUCCUGGACAUGGAUAGCAUAUAAGCUGAGAAGUUAAUAGUCUUUUUCUGUCUACUGCUUAUCAGCAAUCUUGUUGUUGCUGUAUGAUUCAAGUUAGAUGAAUAUAUGAGCACUAAAGUCCCAAAACUUAUGAUUCUCAAGAGCGAAAGAGAUGGCCGACCCAAUAACAAGACCUGUGAAGGAUAGGAAUACUACAGCCAGUAGCAGCUCUAGUAUCAUUGAUGCAAAACUUGAAGAGCGUGGAACAAACCCAUGUCCUCGUUGUGGGCACAAGCUUCAAUGCAAGGAGGGCAUUCAAGACUGGCAAGGGCUCCCUGCAGGAGUAAAGUUUGAUCCAACUGAUCAAGAGCUGUUGGAGCAUUUGGAAGCCAAGGCUGAGAUGGGUGGCUCUAAACCCCAUCCUUUGAUAGAUGAAUUCAUACCCACUCUUCAAGGAGAAGAUGGGAUUUGCUAUACCCACCCAGAAAAACUUCCAGGUGUGACAAGAGAUGGCCUUAACAGGCACUUUUUCCAUCGCCCUUCAAAGGCCUACACUACAGGCACUCGAAAGAGAAGGAAAAUCCAAGCAGAAUGUGACUUACAAGGAGGGGAAACAAGAUGGCACAAGACUGGUAAAACCAGGCCUGUAAUGGUUAAUGGCAAACAAAAAGGCUGCAAAAAGAUUCUAGUCCUGUAUACCAAUUUUGGAAAACAUAGGAAACCAGAGAAAACAAACUGGGUAAUGCAUCAGUACCACUUGGGUUUGAAUGAAGAGGAGAAAGAAGGCGAGCUUGUUGUGUCCAAGGUGUUUUACCAGACACAACCCAGACAAUGCAAUUGGGAAAGGACUGCAAAUGACAAUAUGAUGGAAGGAAACAAAAGCCAAGAAGUUUUGGCAGAUGUGUGUAGAUCAGUAGAAAUUGGACGAGUAAAUAGCUUAUAUCCUCCUAUUAAUCCUGGUGGAGUAGCAGCAGCAGCAGCAGCAUCUGUAGUAUAUAACGUGGAUGAUGCACAACAAGUUGUUAAAACAGACAAAUUCAUGCUUCCAAGGACCUCCUUUGAUGAAGGAAUAUCAGACAGUGGUAAAGGCUCAGAGAGCUCCCAUUGCACUCCUCAUUCAUGCGAUGAACACGAAGAACACGAGCAGCAGGAGAAGAAGAGCAACAUAAAUGAUGACAGUGGGCAAGGAAUUGGCGUGUCUGGGCAUGAUGUUUCUUCCUUAAUGCGCUUCAACAACACUAAUAAUGAUAACAGUAGAAAUAAAGGAUGUGAUGCGAACGUGGAACAUAAGGCUUCUCAACACCCUCAUAUUCAUGAUGCUGCCUUGGCUGUAUUAGAUGAAAAACAUCAAAAAAUUCAGACCUCGAGGCCGCACAAGUCAACAAGCCGAUCAUCUAUACAAAAACUAUCGUUGGAAGAUAUUCUGAUUGACACUUCUGCUACUGAAAUGAGAGAGGAGGCGGCCGCCACUGCUUUUACUAACCCACAAGACACAGAGUGGUUCCCGUUUUGGAAUGAAUAAGACACCUGAAAAAUCACAGAAUGAUAUAUACAUAUAAGAUAUAUUCAUUAUAUGGGUACCAAACUAUAAUACUGUAUGUGUAUAUGAAAUGUAUAUACAGUACAGUACUAUAUAGGAUUAUUUGCAGGCUAACGUUCAUCAGAUUACUGGUUUCUAAGAAAUUAACAGCGUCAUGUGAAGGUGUGCAGCUUGCUUAUUCAUUUCUCCAUUAUUAUUAUUGUCAUAGUUCUUACUAACUUAGAACUGCUGCUGGUGCAUGCAUUUGCAUCCAUAUGUAUAUACAAAACUGCUGUAGCUGCUCACUGCACUACCCGAUUCUUCAACUUUCUACAUUCUAAGAGUUCUACUUA